UCUAUCAGUUGAGACUGUCUGAAACAGCUUCUGGAUCCGCCGCGUUCCCAUUUUUUUCUUUUUUUUGAGAGACCGCGGAUCAGUCCCUGGAGUUUUUGCCCCCCGUCUUGUUUUUUUUUUUUGGCUUUUUCAAGAGACAAAUAUUUUAGUCCAUGUCGAUCUGAUCUGUUGUUGGCGAAGCUUGGAUGCGCCUGCGUCUUGUUUCCCCUCUCUCUCAAGUGAUAUCCUCUCCACCGCAUCAACCAACCCUCCAAAAAAAAAAAACAAAAAAAAAAAACGACUCUGUCCAACAUGCGAUCAGAUGAGCGGUGAAAAUCAUUUUCACGACUCUUAAAACGUCUGUGGCAAAAGAACGGAAGGAAACACAAGGAUACAUUACUUAUCAGAGGUGUGCACUCGGGACUUAUUUGUUUGGUUACCGCCAGAAAUCUCUUUCUUUUCUUUUUUCUUUUUAGUUUUGGUGUGCGUAAAAGGCGCAGCAAACUAUCGUCCCCCUCCAAACAGCACUGGAGAUUAGGGGGAUUUUUUUUGUUUUUCCCCCAAAGGGAGUGAACCGAAAACUUGGGUUUCAAGGUGCUGUUUUUUUGCUUCUUUUCGUACUCUGCCACGAGAGAGAUGAAGGAAGAUGAUUUUUAAUGGACGUGAAGGUGUCAGGAGCUGGCCGAAUCCCUUCGUAAUUUUUGAGCUCAGUCUCGCUGAAGCCGACCCAGCUAUCACAUCCAAAAAAGAGCAGCCGGUUUGAAGAGACAUUCUCAGCUCAGAGAUCAACAACACCCCUCCCCCGAAAAACGGGAUGAUUUUUCAAAACUGAUAAGACUCCAUUUGUUUGUAAUUCCUGCAUGAGAAGCACCGUGGAACGCGACGGUCACUAUGCCGAGGAGAAAGCAGCAAGAGCCGCGGCGAUCAGCAGCGUACAUGCCCGAGGACGAGCUUAAGGCAGCUGCUCACGAUGAGGAAGAGCACCUGCAAGAUGACGGCCUCUCAUUAGACGGCCAGGACACUGAGUUCCUCUGCAACGAGGAAGAAGAAGACGUGGAUGGGGGCCGACCACCUAGCUACAGAGACUCCCCACUCAGCAAUGGCACUAACCCUGACGCUGGAUACGGGUCUCCACUUAGUGAUGCUAGCGACCGACUUGCAGACUUCAAGAGCACCUCUUCCAGGGAUGGUCAGGAGAGGGAGGGCUCAGCUUUUCCCUUCCGUCCCAACAACGGCCUCUCUUUCCAGGACAGCCUGGCACAGAUGAAGGCCGUCUAUGCAAACCUCAUCUCAGAUGCCUCUUGGUCUAGCAUCACAAUGGACAUCAUGAAAUCUAAGCCUGCUGCAGCUGGCAGUGUCAACAGUGCCCUCACUAGUCCAGAGCCUGCCUCUACUGCCUCUGUGGCCACAACUACAACCAUAAAUAAGAGCAGUGGGGUCAACAUGGCUAGCAGUCACCAUAACGGCAAGACCUCCAGCACCACUGUCAACCACACAGGGAGCGCAAGUGGCAGUACAAAUGGCACAGCAGCUAGCUCUGUUAGCAGCCACAGUGCAACCAGCAGCAGUGGGAGCAGCAGUGCUGCUGCCAGUAAUGGUAGUGGUGUAGCCUAUGACUGGCAUCAGGCAGCACUUGCCAAAACACUUCAGCAGACCCCCUAUCACCUUUUACCAGAGCCUAGCCUCUUCAGCACAGUGCAGCUCUACCGACAGAACAACAAGCUGUAUGGCUCUGUUUUUACUGGUGCGAGCAAGUUCCGCUGCAAAGACUGCAGUGCUGCCUAUGACACACUGGUGGGUUUGACGGUCCACAUGAAUGAGACGGGCCACUAUCGAGAUGACAACAAAGACAAAGAGGAAGAUCAGGGAAAGCGCUGGUCCAAACCACGUAAGCGUUCCUUGAUGGAAAUGGAGGGGAAAGAGGACGCCCAGAAAGUUCUGAAAUGCAUGUACUGUGGCCACUCAUUUGAAUCUCUGCAAGAUCUCAGCGUUCAUAUGAUCAAGACCAAGCAUUACCAGAAAGUGCCUCUCAAAGAACCAGUGCCAGCCUUGGCCACUAAACUGGUGCCCACUUCAGCUAAAAAACGUGCUAUCCAAGAUGCUAUAGUCUCUCCAUGCUCCCCAGACUCUAUCCAUGCUGGUAGUGGUGGUGGCAGUGUCUCUCUUGGGGAUGUUGGCAAAGACACAAAAGCUGCAGCUAACCCCUAUGUUACGCCAAACAACCGCUAUGGCUACCAGAAUGGUGCCAGCUACACAUGGCAGUUUGAAGCUCGCAAAGCACAGAUUCUAAAAUGCAUGGAGUGCGGGAGCUCCCAUGAUACAUUGCAGCAGCUGACUGCCCACAUGAUGGUUACAGGUCACUUUUUGAAGGUCACAAAUUCUGCUUCCAAAAAGGGCAAGCAGCUAGUCUUUGAUCCAGUGGUGGAAGAAAAGAUUCAGUCUAUCCCAUUACCGCCAACCACCACCAGACUCCCUGUUCCCAGUACUGUUAAGUCCCAGCCAGUGUCUCCUGCACUAUCCUCUGGCUCAGAGGAAAAGAGGGAAGCGGGUGAGGAUGAAAAAGUCGAAGGAGGCGAGCAAGUGGAGAAAAAAAUCAAGGAAGAGAAAGAUGACUCAGGUGAGAAAUCUGAGACUGACACCACCUCGUAUAAAUACCUUAGAGAAGAAGACCUGGAGGAGACCCCUAAAGAGGGUUUAGAUAUUCUCAAAUCCCUUGAGAACACAGUAUCAAGUGCUAUCAGCAAGGCUCAGACAGGCACGCCCACCUGGGGUGGCUACCCUAGCAUUCAUGCGGCCUACCAGCUGCAGGGUGCCGUGAAAAGCUCAGCUACUGUUCUACCCCCGACUGUCCAGAGUGUUCAGAUGCAGCCAAUGUUUAACAGUGGUCUACGAAGUCUUGUGAGCGACCCCAACUCAGUCAUCCACUCACCUCGGAGCCCUUCCUCUCCUACUCCCCUAAGGAGCAAUGUCACCGCCAUGGAGGAGCUCGUGGAGAAAGUGACAGGAAAAGCUGCCACUGUGAAGAAAGAAAAGGAGGAGAAGAUGGUGAGCCUGGAACGAUGCCGACAACCAUCGCUGGGAAAAUCCCCUUCCCCUGCACUGAGAGAACAGCGAGAGCAUUUGGCAUCUCCAAAUGACUUUUCUGUAGGUAAACCAUCUGGUAUGAGAAGUAGCAGCCCGGGCAGUGUAGAUUCAGAGCUUAUCUGCAAGAAGGAGCCCAAAGAGAGCCUAGUAGAUAGCCACAGCAACCAUUCAAAGAAUGGUUCUGAGACGUGCCAAUCCCCAGUAACUAACGGAAACAGUCUUGGCAUCAUCACCGAUCACUCACCUGAAAGUCCUUUCAUCAACCCUCUUAGCGCACUCCAAUCAAUCAUGAACACACACCUGGGGAAAGCCUCAAAACCAGUAAGUCCCGCAGCAGAUCCACUGUCUAUGCUUUACAAAAUCAGCAACAGCAUGAUGGAAAAGCCAGCUUUCAACCCAACUCCUCAGGGCAAGCCAGCUGAGCCCGUCAACCACUACCAGCUGUAUGAAAAUAAUGACCAGCCCAUAGACCUGAGUAAAAAUAAGUCCGCCACUAAUAGCAACAACAACAACAACAACAAAAGCAGCAGUGCACUUUUGACCAACAGUAGCGUUAAUGGUAACAAACCCCUUAUUUCCCUCCCUGACACAGUCUCCUCACCCCUGAGAGAGAACGCUCUGAUGGACAUUUCAGACAUGGUAAAGAACCUCACCGGGAGACUUACGCCCAAAUCUUCAACUCCCUCCUCCAUCUCAGAGAAGUCGGACGCUGAUGGCAGCGCGUUUGAGGAUGCCCUCGAGGACCUCUCCCCAGUGCAGAAGAGGAAAGGGAGACAGUCAAACUGGAAUCCCCAGCAUCUCCUCAUUCUGCAGGCACAGUUUGCGUCUAGUCUGAGGGAGACCCCAGAGGGCCGCUACGCCAUGACCGACCUGGGCCCUCAGGAAAGGGUCCACAUCUGUAAAUUCACGGGCCUCUCCAUGACUACCAUAUCCCACUGGCUGGCUAAUGUCAAGUACCAGCUGAGACGAACUGGGGGCACCAAGUUUCUCAAGAACAUGGACUCGUGCCAGCCCGUGUUCCUCUGUGGUGACUGUGCCUCUCAGUUCAGGACUCCCUCCUCCUACAUCAGCCACCUGGAGUCUCACCUGGGCUUCAGCUUGAAGGACCUGUCCAAACUGUCAGCUGAGCACCUACGGGAGCAGCAGGCUGCCUCGAAGGUGAUCACAGACAAAAUGACAUUCGGCAGCCCCCUGUCAGCCUUGACCACGCCAGAGGACGACACAGGCUCCGUGUACCAGUGCAGACUUUGCAAUCGGACAUUCGUCAGCAAACACGCAGUCAAACUGCACCUCAGCAAGACCCAUGGCAAGUCUCCAGAGGACCACCUGGUGUUUGUCACCGCUUUGGAGAAACUGGAGAAGCUAGACAAAAUGGAGAAGGUUUAAACAAUGUCUCGAGCUGAGAGUAAAGACUGACAGCUGUGGAACUGACUCGAUUUUCAUUGCACUAAAAAUGAUGUUGUUCACAGUUACUGCACUGGGCCGAACUGAGCCGCCAGAAAAAUAAAAAUAAAAAUCAAGUCUUAUUAUUAUUAAUUUUUUUUUUGUGAUAACUGCCUGACUGGACCAUGUCUUUUCAUGUCAAUUUGUUUUUGUUUUGCCAAGCUUUUUUACACUUAUUUUGUAAUAUAUUUAUAUGCUAUUUGUCUGAUCUGUGCAUGUAUUUUAGUGAAUCAAGGUUAAACACGAGAUUUUAAUCUUUUCAUGGCAAAAAUACAACUACUGCUUCAACGGUAAAAGUGGCGAGUGGACAGAAUUGGUGGAAAAGAUAACUGUAUAUUACUUGAUAUGAAGAAGGUGGAAAAUUCAAUGUAUACACCAAAAGAAUGAAAGAAUACCCCGAAAGACUGAAGUAGCACCUUAGACAGUUGAAUUUGUAAAGAGAACAUGUUUUGAAAUAUCUUGCAUUUGUCAAAAUCAGAUUUUAAAAGAUCAAGGAUUAUCACCCCACCCCCACCCCGCCCCUCUUUCCUUCUUGGGUUUCUGUCACGGCAAUGUUUUUGAUGAUGAAUGGCCUGCUCAUAAAUCUGUCAGUGUAAAAAAGAGGAAAAAAAAGAUCACAUGAACAUUUGGAAAAACUGAAAUGCUGCUUCUGGUUCUGAGUCAAUCAGUGGAAAUGAACGGCCAUCGGUAUGCAAGUUUGCUGCAGAAACUUUUUCCUUGUUGUGAAGUAUCACCUCAUAGCAAUUUUCCAGGUGUAUGGUUUGUUACAACUUUUCUCUUUCUAAACUGUGUCGCUUUAUUCAGCUGUAAAGAGAACAGUCCGUCACGUGUAAAUGAUUACCAGUGAAAUGUCAGUACUCCAUGAGACAUAUCUUACCAUUUGAAAAACGGCUCAAAAUUGUUUGUAUCUUAAGGUGUGUGCAUUCUUGAACUUUUAUAUUGUCAUUUUUAUAUACAAAAAGAAAAAGCUAAAAAAUAAAAACAGAUGGUGUACAUAGAUAUAUGCUGUAGAGCUACGAAAUGACCUUUUUUUUUAAAGAAAAAUACAAAUUUAGCUUCUUUGGCUUGGUUUACAGAAAUGAUUUUAAUUAUUACUUGCAUCCAACUUGAUGCAUGAAAUGGUGUGGAAAAUAAAUAAGCGAUGCACAAUGACUAUACAUUUCAAUGUUUUAUCGACAAUAUUGUAAAGAAAGAAAAAAAACCACGACUUUUUAGCACCGAUUAGUUUGUUUCAUUUUUCUUUUCUCUCUCUCUCUCUCUCUCUCUCUCUCUCUCUCUGAAUUGUAAAAUAAACCCCAAAGCAGUUGUUAACAGUCAGAUUUUUGUGGUUGUGUGUUCUUUUGUCAUGGCGGUGCACCAAACUCAAAAUGUAAAAACUCGGCUUUGUAGAAUUUGCUCUCGAGCAAAGUCAAGUGUGUACACCCAUGUCAAAUCCUAACCCAGUGUAACAGGAUUUCCUCUAGGGGCUAUUCUUAGCAAACUGGAGGUGAGAUUCGAAACGUCUCGCUGCUGGUACAUAUUCUGUGUUCUGUAACAGGCCUGCUUUUAUGUUUUUCCCAAAUUGUUAGACAAAAUAAAAGUCACUGGUGUCAUACUUACAACUGAUGACUGAGCCGCAUCAUACCACCAAUGAUUAUAAUGAUGAAGAUGACGGGGAUGAUAAGCCUGUAAGGGUGCCUAUUGUACAGUAAGAAACCCAUGCUAGGCUUGUGACUGGCCUUCGGAGGGCCGUUCUGAAAGAAUCAGUGUUGUAUUAAUGACGGCAGUGUAUUUUUUGCGUGUCUUCUUGGAGCAAAAUCAGAUGGCUGUCUGUUCUGCUUAAGUUUUAAAAAAAAAGGGGCAAUAGGGAGCCUAUAAUCAAAACUGAAUAAUACAUUUUAUGUGAUUCUUGAGACGCUAUGGGUGAAUCUGCGGCCUGUGUCACAUUAAUCACAACCAAAUUGAAUACAUGUGUGCGAUAAAUGCUACUAUUUUAGCACAUGUACACAUUUUUUUGGUUGAUUUGUCCAACUGUAUUUUUUUUUGAUGAAGUGUCACUUAUCACUGGAUACAGGCUUUUUUGUGUGUGUUUUUUAAAUUGUCAGUCAGAUAUAGUGGAAGUUGUUGCAGUUUCUCGUUCCACUUUACUGAUCAUUUUCAGAUAUUUCGUAAUUACUGUUUUGGACAAAUCACACAGCUUCUGUGUCAUCAGUUUUGUGUUUUAGUUUUGUUUUGUUUUUGUAUGUGUGUGUGUGCGCACAGUUGACUUUUGUUAUGUUUCACAUCCAGCUUUAUUAAAUUUAUAGAACUGCCUCAGUAUUCAGCCGGUGUGAAAGCUGAAAGGAGAUUUAUUAGGGGCCACGACCUCUGUGUGACCCCCAGCCAAAGGUAUCAACAAGCUUUGGGGUUUUCUUCUCCGGGCAGUCCCGCAGGUGAAGCGUCUGCAUCAGGAAUCCGAUCUCUCAUCUCGCCCUCAUGUCUCAGGUUUCUGAUAGAGUACUUACAGUACCAGCCUUUGUAUGGAUGAAGCCAUGCUGCAGUGUUAUGACUUCCAUUCCUCACACUCACAACAUGUCUUGUGUCAGCUGAGUCAGUCACACAUACUCAGUCUCCCAGCUAUAUUAGCACGAGUGUCUUUGUGCAAUUACACACCUCCUCAAUCUGACUGCACCUCGCUGUGUUGAUACAUGGAUUCAGUGACAAAGGAAACACAGGCAGAGGGCAGAUUAGCCCUGGCUGAAGAUGCAGCUUUCUCAGAGAGGGGACUGCUAGAGUUGGGUUAUAAAACAAACAAGGCAGAUAAACAAGCAACAUUUGGAGGAGAUAGUGUUCCCUGCACACCAGAAAUAAAAAACACCUUGUAGGUUUAAUACCCCACAGCUAAACCUGUAAUUUUGCUGCGCCGUCAGAUAGCUCCUGAGCCGAUAGAGACUCUUUCUUGCUUUGUUAGAGAUCAGUGCACUGUUUCCUGUGCGUAUUCUAUGUAAAUUACAUGCGAUAAUCGCCACGCACAGCACAAUGCUGGUUCCCGCGGUGCAAACGGAAACCGAGGGUAGAUAAACGCAGGCUGGGCAGAUUUGCAUAGCCUUUGUGUUUUGGGCGCUCCUGAACGUGAGCCCUGAGGAUUGGUAGGGAUUUCCUCAAGGUUUUGUAUAAGUAAAUGCCUGCUUCCUCCCAGGGCUUGGACCAUUAUGUACAGCAGACAGGGGUGGGUGUAGACAGAGGGCGCAAACGGAAUAACAAAAUUACCUGGGCUGGUGGGAACAUGGGGAG